CGCUGUAUCUCCUUCACCUAAAUCGCGCCUACUGUCUCCCACUACCACGCCCCGCACCUUCUCUUUUUACGUGCUCACUGACCGCACCACCAAUCACUGCCUGGAAUUGUCGAUGGCGCUCGGACUCACAUUCACCCUCGACUGAUACCUUGGUAGUAUAUAUUUUCAUGCUCCCCACCUUCUUCAAAGCACCUCUCACACCGCUCGCACUUACCUUUUCAACCCUGACAGCAAUCCACCUGCCAUCGUUGCUAAUCAACGGUACACGCUGCAAUCGCAAAAAUGAAGGGUGCUUUCUUUCUCCUCUCGGCCUUGUUGGCGGCCUUCGCUCUUGCAUCCUCGUCACCAGACGCCCAGACAACUUCCAGCCUUGUGACAUCUUCUACCCCGGCAAUAGACGCUUAUGACGCAUCGAGAGUCGACAGCGCUCUCUCCCAGGCCAGCGACAGUGGAUACCCCAACAAGGACCCGACAGACGAUGACCUGAUUGCGGAGUUGCAUACUAUCACUGGGUCGAAUACGACAUGGCCAAACAUCUCUUACUCGGACAUCAGCGCUUCGACUGGCAACGAUGUCGAGACUCUUACCAGUCAGAACGGUAUGAAGCACCUGAAAGGCUGGUAUCGGAUCGACAUCCGCAUGGGCCUUAUGGGCACCCACGUUGGAACCUUCGGCGGAGAACGAUUGUACAAUCGCAUCUACGAGGUUCUGAAACGCUGCAAACAUGGUAGUAGUUUGGACGAUUGCGCCAUCCAUAAUGUCGUUUACAGCAAAGAUGGGAAGUAUGCCACAGACUCGAAACUCUAUAUGAAUAUUCUAGUUUCGACUAUCAACACGCGGAUAGGAGGCACGCAGCCAGGAGGUCUAGAGGAUCUUACAUUUCGCAUGAUGGCCAGGGCAUUCCAGAAGAUGACCGAGACUCCGCGUAAUUGUUAUAAAGCUGAUUUCGACGAAGGUCAAGGUGGUGGCAGAGGUCUCUGGUUCUGCAACGUCGCAAGCCAAGUUAUGAUCGCUUACCCCAUCAACGGAGGCCCGAUGCAGUCACUACUGAAGCUAACGCUCGAGUGGGAUCGCCCAACAGACCAGGGCAAAUAUAAAUGCGACGAGAUUACGCAGUCGAACACCAUCAGGGACUGGGUGAGCAGACCCUUUCUCAACGACUACUAUCUCUUGGGUGGCAAGAGACAGGAUGCGUUUAAGAAAGAGAUCGCCAAGCUCCACAACUGGAACGCAGACAAGAUUGCUCCGUACACUUCCUGCCUCUGGAAUCACUGCUUCAACACUCGUACAGAGCUUAAUGAACCACGCCAUGCGUGGAUUGAGGUUGACGACUGUGAACCCGAUUGGAACCCCAUCGGAUGCGACCCUGGCGCUGAAACAAGGAAUCGGAAGUCGUUGAACUGUCCGCCUGAGUAUCGGGGUACUCGCAGUUAUACGUAUGGUAAGGUCAAUCAGCGGGAUGACGGAGAUUACUCCCACUGGAGUUGAUGGCAAGAUUUUGCUUCUAUCGAUCGAUUGAUUAGUCAGAUAGCGUUAAUGCUGAUGAAAGCAUUUUCUUUAAGCUUUCUCAUGUUUGGUUGCUUCGAGCUAGGAACAUGUUUGUAGUACUACCUAGCUCCAUGGUCUUUCCCAAUACUGCUUAAUCUAACCUGAAC